AUCGCUUAGUCUGCUGUCGGCGCUUCAACAGCCAAGUGAUCGCUGGGAAAAUUAAAAAGUUGUGAAGCCGCCUUCACUUCCACGUGUUCUGAACGAUCCCUCUGUCUCGUUAGCUCGGUGUGUCUAUCAAAAGGAUAACAUAUAGAACCAGAAGAACAAAAAUCUUUCGUUUAGUGUUUGUUUAUUCUUUGAGACUGACCGUGUGUCGUGUAUUUGUGUGCUGUGCCCGAUUUUUGUGUAUCCAGUCAAGAAAACCAUUUAAAAUUUGAAAGUUGGCAAAAUGUCGGUCAGACUAAACGAGACCCAAACAAUUGUUGACAAGAUGGUCAACUUCUUUGUUGAGCACGAGGAUUUGCGCACAAAGAGCUGGUUCCUGUCGAAUGCUCCGGGUCCGCUGUUCAUGAUCCUGGGUGCCUAUCUGUAUUUCUGUCUGUAUGCUGGACCACGCUAUAUGCGUGAUCGCAAGCCCUUUGAAUUGAAGAACACCCUGUUGAUCUACAAUGCUGUUCAAGUGCUCUUGAGUUGGGUGCUCUUCUAUGAGGGAUACAAAGGCGGCUGGGGCGGUCAUUACAAUUUCAAAUGCCAGCCGGUUACCUAUGCCACAGAUCCCAUCUCCAUGAGGAUGGCCCGUGCUGUUUGGUUGUACUACAUUGCCAAGAUCACCGAACUGCUGGACACUGUGUUCUUUGUGCUGCGCAAGAAGCAACGUCAGAUCUCGUUCCUGCAUCUCUAUCACCACACUCUGAUGCCUGUUUGCGCCUUCAUUGGAGUGAAAUACUUUGCUGGCGGUCAUGGCACUCUAUUGGGCUUUAUUAACUCCUUCAUUCACAUUAUUAUGUAUGCCUAUUAUCUGCUGUCGGCCAUGGGACCCAAAGUACAAAAGUAUUUGUGGUGGAAGAAGUACAUAACCAUUCUGCAGAUUGUACAAUUCUUGAUCAUCUUUGUGCACACGCUGCAAAUUCAGUUCCAGCCCAAUUGCAAUUUCCCCAAGUCGAUUGCUGCCCUGCUGACAUUCAAUGCUGGCCUCUUUACCUACAUGUUCAGCUCGUUCUAUGUGCACAACUACAAGAAGGAAGCCAAACAAGCGGCGGAAGCUGCCCAGGCUAAGGCCAAAUUGGUAGCAGCCAAACAGGAGUAGAGCAGAGAGCAAAGUAAACUAGAAUUCUGAGAAGCAAAAAUGAAAAGGGCACAAAUGGUUUAACAAGGUGCUUUCCCUAAUCUAUAGAAACUACUGUGUACAUUUUGGGCUAAAGAGAGUAUGGCCAUCUAUUCUCUUAUAGUUCGCCAUCUAUCACCACAACCACCAUCCACUCCCCCUUCCCCUUCCAAUUUCCUCACCUAUCCACACCCGCCCACCAUUUACAAUUCCACCAUAUUGUUAAGAUUAGUUGACUUAUGUAUAGGUCAGAAUGCAUAUUUUAUAGUUUCGUAAGUUAAGCUAAUUGAGGAGAAUGGCCAAAAUAGUGCAAGAUCUUUCUUUGCACUUGCUGUUUGUAAUGGGAAAGUGUAAUAGAACCAAAUAUUAUAGAUUAGUAAUUAUGUAGUUUUUAUUUUAUUGACUUUGGCAAGGAAUGAAAAUCAAAGACAACAAGCAAAUGGCAAAUCAAAUGAAAAUUGUUCAUGAACUUUUGUUUGUUUGUUACUUACGGCCAGAUAUUGGAUUUUGCCAUGCAAUAUAUAAGAAAAUUUAUAAAACAAAAAAACAACAAAUUUUAUAAGUAAACAUAUAUUAUUAUUUUUCCUUUUUGUAAACAAUAAAACAGAAAACAAUUUACAAACA